AUGGUGAACAUUACAGAAAAGAUCAAGGAGAUUGAGGAUGAGAUGCGCCGGACGCAGAAGAAUAAGGCAACAGAAUAUCAUCUGGGUCUAUUGAAAGGAAAACUCGCUCGUCUACGAGCUCAGCUUCUCGAGCCAGUAGGUGGUGCUGGCGGUGGCGGUGCCGGUUUCGAUGUCAGUAAAAGUGGUGAUGCCCGUGUGGCUCUUGUCGGAUUUCCGUCCGUCGGAAAAUCCACCUUCCUGUCCAAGAUCACUAAGACCAAGAGUGAGGCUGCUGCCUACUCUUUCACUACCCUGACUGCUAUUCCCGGUGUCCUCGAGUAUGGUGGUGCCGAGAUUCAGAUCCUGGAUUUGCCAGGUAUCAUUGAGGGUGCCUCGGAAGGAAAGGGUCGUGGUCGUCAGGUCAUUUCGGCUGCCAAGACUAGUGAUUUGAUUCUCAUGAUCUUGGAUGCGACUAAGAAGGCAGAGCAGCGAGCUUUGCUGGAGGCUGAACUGGAUGCUGUCGGUAUUCGGUUGAAUAAGGAGCCCCCGAAUAUCUAUCUGAAGGUCAAGACUGCCGGUGGUAUGAAGAUCAGCUUCGCACAACCACCAAAGAACCUAGAUGAGAAGAUGAUCUACAACGUCUUGCGAGACUACAAAAUUCUCAACGCCGAGGUGUUGGUGCGAGAUGACGAAGCCACAAUUGACGACUUCAUCGAUGUCAUCAUGAAGGACCACCGCAAGUACAUUCGCUGCCUCUAUGUCUACAACAAGAUCGACAGCGUCAGCCUCGAGUUCCUGGACCAACUGGCCCGCGAGCCAUACACAGCCGUGAUGAGUUGUGAGCUCGAUCUAGGAGUGCAGGAGGUCGUCGAACGGAUCUGGAAAGAACUUCGCUUGAUGCGUCUAUACACCAAGAGAAAGGGAUCAGACCCCAGUUUCGACGAGGCUCUUAUCGUGCGAAGGGACUCCACUAUCGAGGACGUAUGUGACCAGAUUCACCGCACUCUUAAGGAUACGUUUAAAUAUGCCUUGGUCUGGGGUGCUAGUGCCAGGCAUGUGCCGCAACGCGUGGGCUUGGCGCAUCCGGUCGCGGAUGAGGAUGUGGUUUCCAUUGUGGCGAAAUAG